UCGGAGCUCGGUCCGCACUACUACUCAAAACGCUGCACACUGAACCGACCAUUUGAGAAUCAGAAGGAGAAGUCUAGAAGUGGGUACUCUGCGCCACCGAUGUUGAUUCGUUUACUCUAUUGA